AUGUCUCUCGCCACUCUUGAUACCUCUCAACAUUCCAAUCUCCCCGCUUCCGCAGCAACCCUGUUCGCAGCCAAGGCCAACAAGAAGCUCAGCUUUGAGCAGAUCGCUCAGCACAUUGGCCGUAACGAGGUAGCCGUUGCUGCCAUCUUCUACGGUCAAGCUAAAGCGUCCCCAGAGGAUAUCCAGAAACUAUCAGAGCUCCUUGGUAUUAAUGCUGCUCUUUUAGGACAGCAACUCAGUGGCUUCCCGGAUCGCGGCAAGUCAGUUGAGAUGCCACCCAAGGAGCCCCUGAUCUAUCGAUUGUAUGAGAUUGUGCAGAACUACGGGUAUGCGUAUAAGGCGGUGCUGAAUGAGAAAUUUGGGGAUGGGAUCAUGAGUGCGAUUUCUUUUUCGACCAAAGUGGAGAAGGAGACUGACGCGGAUGGUAAUAAUUGGGCUGUCAUUACUUUGCGGGGAAAGUGGUUGCCAUUUUCCCGAUUUUAG